AGUUUAGCUUCGGAUUCGCCAUGUUUCUUGUUCCAGAAGUUCCAGUCAAAAACUGCAGAUGGAAGUGCCGUUAGAAGAGAAAAACUAACAUAUGCCAUGUAAUCUUCGAAUGUAGUGGAACAAAGACAUGUCUAUGCUGAACCAUGAGUAAGGAGCAGAAAGACGUGCAGCCACCAACUUUACCACCAGCAUCAGAGCAAUCGUCCAAUCACAUUUCUCAUGUAUUGGACUUUGGCCAUGGUGAAGGUGGUAAUAUGCAACCCAAGGUGGAGAGGGACCAAGAACCUGCCUUUAAAAAACGUAAACUAGACAGCCAAAGUGGAAUCUCUAGUAACAAUGAUCAAUUCUCUACAGGACCAGACUUAGUUAGUAUUGAAUGUGAAACAUCCAAAAAUCUCUCAUUAGAAUGCCAAGCUUCCAAAGAUGUAGACUCUGAUUCACAGAUCUCUAUGAUCAUUGAGGACCAGAAUCACAGGCCAGAAAGUCCAGUAGACAUUGAGAAAACCAUGGCCUCUUCUCACAAUGCUCAAGUUUUUGAAAUUAUAGAUGAUUUAGGCUCUGAUAGAGAAGAAUACUAUGAAAGUGAGGAUGACUAUGAUGACGAUGACAUAGAUGCUCUGCUAGAUGAGUGUCUGGAUAAGCCCAGAAAUACUUCUGCCUCUGAGGCUGAUGUGGAUGGAGAUGUAGACACAGAGACAGAUCCAAGUGCCCCUGAAGAGAAAGAGAAGGUUGUACUGAUAGGUAAGUGA